AUGUCAAGUGGUGUUGAAAUUAGUACCACCACCGAAACGAUCGAGCUGAUAGGUACAAACGAUUUGCCUCCUGAAAUACUGACUCCCGUUGAUCAGGCUGAACCAAAAAGAAAUGUGACACGAGUUCGCAAACAAAAGAGGCGUAGAGUGGUUCAUAAAACUAUUGUGCCUAUCGACAACAAUUUCACUACAGAAAAAAUAAAAGAACCUGAAACAACAACCACCACCACAGCAAAGUAUGAGAAACAUAUUUUAGUAACUAAAGACUUUGAAAAAACUACAGAAAGAUACGAAAAGAAAGUUGAACCAACGCAAACCCCUAGAUUACUAGUCACAAAUAAACCAGAGAAAGUAGAGAGUAGAAUACAGGAACAGACGACCACAGAAAAGCUAGAGCAAAAUAAAAAGAAUGCUGGCGGUCCCCGAACCUUCCCAAAACGUCCGCCAGAAUUCAAUCCAGUUUUCAAGAAGAGGAGAGAACGCGAUCCUGUUGUAAGGAUAGUUAAUGAAAAGAACUUUGUUUAUGGACAUAACGGGAAUUUCCACUUCAGUUUCGAAGGUGCCGAUGGGACCAAAGUUUUUAGCAAAGGAAAUCUUCUCUCGUCACCUUUACAACAACGCAAAGCAGGAGAAGCAGUUGUAGGAGGAUUUGCUUACAAGGAUGAAGAAGGCAACGAUUACAGCCUGUCGUACACAGCUGACGAGCACGGGUAUCAGCCUGUGGGGGCACACUUGCCCACCCCACCCCCAAUCCCGCCAGAAAUCGCACGGGCACUUGAAUUUCUAGCCACUAAGCCCAACCCGGAGCCGACUGAAAGAUAUUAUUACCAGUAG